AACGAGAGAGGUGAUCGGGUUUCUACUGGACGAAGCUCUCCUGGUGUUGGAUGUUCUUUUUUUCCCCCCUGGCUUUUCAUUGACUUCGUGAAAUUACUUUUAAGACCCAUGGAAGUUUGAUAAAAGGUGAUGAAAUGGAUUUGAUGAGAAAAUGUGGCCGCGUGCUGGUUUUACUCAGCGUCUCUGUGUGCGCAUCAAAGCUUCUGGGCGACAUUUACGAGCCCAGAGGCCAGCAAAUAUGCAAGCGCGGCACUGAGAAGCCCUGCUAUAAAAUCGCCUAUUUUCAAGACACUCGGCGUAAACUCAACUUUGAAGAUGCGAGUCGAGCCUGCAGGAGUGAUGGUGGAGACCUUCUCAGUAUUGAGUCUAAGACUGAGCAGACACUGAUAGAGAACUUCAUCCAUGAACUGAAAGCAUCAGACGGAGACUUCUGGAUCGGGCUCCGUAGGGAUCAAGGCUAUGAGGAGAUCAACGGAGACUGUCCUUCUCAAUACUACUGGCUGGAUGGAAGCCGAGCAACCUUCAGGAACUGGCACUGGGAUGAGCCUUCUUGUGGAUUUGAGGUGUGUGUAGUGAUGUACCAUCAGCCCUCUGCUCCUCCAGGUCAGGCUGGACCUUACAUGUUCCAGUGGAAUGAUGACAAUUGUGAAACCAAAAACAACUUUAUCUGCAAGUACACCAAAGAUAAUCCUCCAGCACCCGUUCCUGCAGAAAAUAGAACAUUUGAAGGUGCUCUUCCGACACCCAGAAUACCCCAAAACCCCUCUGUCACAGACAAGGAUGAUGGCAUGAGGGUGGUCGUAUCUGAACCUCCAGACAACGUUCUUAAUAUUGCUUACAUUGUGCUGCCAACCAUCCCACUUCUGCUGCUGUUGAUUGUGGCGACGAAUGUUUUCUGCUUUAAGCUGUUCACAAAGAGGAUGAAACAACAGACUGAGACCCCUCCAAAGGAGCCAGGAUACUGGGCCGCUGGAGAAAGAUGCAACAGCCCAAGCCCUGACGUCUAUAACGUCAUCCGAAGGCAGCAUGAAUCAGACCUGGCCGGCACGCGGCCUGACAUCAAGAACACUUCCUUCCUGGGUUCUUCUCCAGACACUCCACCUGGAGAUUACGACAACUUGGCAGGCCGGGACACUGAAAGUGGUUUUGUGACACUGACCAGCACUGAGAGCGGCUUUGUGACCAACGAUUUGUAUGACACACUGCAAGGCCGUGGAAGUGGGAGAUAUUACAGAGACCAGGGAUGGAUGGAUGAAUUAUAUGGCUACUGAUAUGAAAGGUGAACAUUAGCAUUUAACUGCAUAUUCUCCUGUAAAAAUUAUGUCUUACCCGAGUAUUUCCUUGGUGCCAGAUAUCCAAUAUUAUCUAUUUCAGUAUAGGUUAUCAAAUCAGGAGGACGCUAGAGCUCAAAAGAGGCCUGGAUGUGUGUACCCUGUACUGUAUUAAAUGAAUG